GCAGGUAUACUAAUCCCCCCCCCACCCCACCCCUGUCCGUUGUGUGCCUGCUAAUGCCUGGUAAUGAUUUCAAACCCAAGGGGAGUGGGUAUGAGUCUGUAUAUAAUGGGAUUAUCAACACAAGACCCACAUGCUCAGAAAGAGCACAUCAAGCUUUACAAAAUAAUCAAGUUUGGUGUUUACUGGGCCAAUAAUAAAGGUGUUACAGAAUUUCGAAGUUUCCAACAUUUACCAGAAUUAUAUACAGUCAACUCCCGAUAAUUUGAACCUUCAAGGGAAAGAGAAAAUAGUUCAAGUUACCGGGAGUUUGAGUUAUCGAGGGUUUAAAGAGAAAGCGAUCUGAAGGGAAAUGUAAAUUGCUUUGAGUUAGCGGGAGGUUCGAGUUAUAGAGGGUUUGAGUUACCGGGAUUUGACUGUACAUGUGUCUUGUGAGGACAUGCAGACAAGUGUCCAGCAAUCCAUACAUUCAUAAUUUUGUAAGUUGAAUUGUUGCAAUACGAAUUUGAUACAGCUGGAAAACAACCAAUGAAAACUGGUGUCAUGAUAAUAAAAAAAAUCAAUAAAAAUUAAUCACAUUAAGAGUUUGAAGAUUUUUUUUUCAUGAUUUGUCACCGUUUUUCAAUAUCAGUUAAUUGGCAUCAGUUAUUAGAAUUGACUUUCAUAGAUUGCCAGUUUCAGUUAUUGGCCAGGACAGGUCCAGUAAUCACUACUAAUGAUUUCUUCCUUUUUAAUCAUAGGUCAAGUCAUGGAGGAACUUGCUCACAAGUUGCUUGGAUUAACUCCAUGCAAGUUUAAACCAAUACACUCAAGGAACCUCAGCAAUCCAUUUUCUUGUUUUGUAAAUUAUGACAGUGGGCUAAAUAAAUGACAAGGCUAAUGUACAUUAAUGCAAAAAAAUUCAAUAAUUAAUUGUUACCAUCUCUUUUUAAGAUAGCUGUUAAGAGCUUUUGAAAGACCAUCAUUGUUGUGGUUGGCCCAGCCAUUCAAGCAGUCAAGUUUGCAUCCGUUUUUAAAUAUCACGAACUGGCUUUGUUCAAAAGCUGGAAGGUGUUAUUUGACAGGCCCCAGUUGUUCAAAAGGUGGAUAAUGCUAUCCAUCAUAUAAAUUUCUAUCCACUGGAUAGCGCAAUCGGUUUUCCUAAUACUUAUAUAUAUCCACUGGAUAGUGAUUUCUCCAGUGGAUAGUGCUAUCCGUCUUUUGAACAACCGGGGCCUGAUAAAUCAUUAUCCACUGGAAAAUUGUAAGAGAAACCAAUAACAUGAUUGUGCUAUCCAAGGACAGACAUCUGUCCAGUGGAUAAGGUUAUCAACGUAUUGACAAUCUAGAUGGGUCAAAAUGGAC